AUGGAAGAAGAAGCAGAAAACUUUGUAGCCAAGUGCGAUAAGUGUCAACGAUAUGCCCCAGCAGAAUUGUUACAUUCAGUUAUCUCGCCAUGGCCUUUAAUGAAAUGGGGCAUGGAUAUCGUAGUUCCAUUACCUCAAGCUAAAGUAAAGAACUCUUUCAGAGUUGGCAGAUUAAAUGGAUUACAUAUGCAACCUUACCAUCCUGUAGCCAAUGGGCAAGCUGAGUCAACAAACAAAGUUAUUAUUAAUAACUUGAACAAGAGACUAGAAGAAUCAAAAGCCUUAAUUCCAGUAGAAAUAGGUGAACCAAGCACAACAUACACACAUGCAAUUGAGGAGUCAAAUAAGGAAGAAAUGCAAAUGAACUUGGAUUUACUAGAGGAAUGGAGAGAAGCAGCGCUAAUAAAGAAGACAAAUCAAAAACAGAUGAUUGAGCGAUAUUAUAACAGGAAAGCUAAUAUGAGAUACUUCAAGAUUGGGGACUUCGUCCUCAAAAAGGCAUUUCGAUCAACAAAAGCGGCUAAUACGGGAAAGUUAAGUCCAAAUUGGGAAGGCCCUUAUAAGGUUUGUGGCAUCGCAGUAAAGGGAGCUAUGAGUUAG